CAGCACCCAAAGCAGCAGCAGCAGCCACAGCAGCAGCGAUGCUUUGCCGGAUGCACCUCGCACCAUUCGCCUCCAGCUCCCUGGCCAGCCGGCUGGGCACAGUGAGGACCCUCUGGCCGCACGCAGAGACCAUCUUCACCGAGCUGCAGCAGGAGAUGGAGAAAGCUCGGGAGUUCAUGAGCAGCUUCGAGCAGCUCCUGAGCAACCACGGAGCCAUGGCCAUGGAGCACAGCCCGAGCACCAGCAUGACCCUGACCCAGGGCUCUGGGGACGGCUUCUCCGUCUGCCAGGACGUGAAGAACUUCACUCCCGAGGAGCUGUCGGUGAAGGUGGUGGGCAGGAAGGUGGUGCUGGUGGGGCAGAAGGAGACGCAGAAUGUCGAUGAGAAGGGCUCCUUCUCCUACAAGUACGAGGUGCUGAAGCGGGAGUGGGACGUGCCCGAGGAGGUGGACGCCGAAGCGCUGACCUGCUCCCUGUCCAAGGAUGGGCAGCUCCGCAUCGAGGCCCCCAAGCUGGCACUGCCGGCUGCUCCUGAGAGGAGUGUGCCCAUCCAGGUCAGCUCUGCUGCCCCACAGACCGGACCAGCUGCUCAGGAUGGAGCCACCAACAAAGCCCAGGUGUGAGAGGAUGGGACCCGAUGGCCACGGCAGGACCGGAGCAGACAGGAGCAAGUCUCGGGUUUAAGCCCAGACAAGCUUCAUCAGCAAUGAUGUCAAUUUUUUCACUAGACUGGAAUGAUUUUGUAUCCAAUAAAAAUCCUUUUGCAUUGAA